UGCCCCUCUGUGCAGGUGGGGGAGAUCCUGAGCUCUGCAGACCCCUCGGCCAAGGCCAGGCUGACCAUCAGCUGCCCCGAUUUCGGGGAGUGGAAGGACUCUGGCUUGGAGCACCACAACCUGCAGGACUUCAUCGAGCUGCGCUACAACCCCGGCUGCGUCCUGCCCGAGAUGGAGGGGCUGGAGGAGUUCAUGGAGUACCUGUCCGAGUCCCUGGAGCCCCAAUCCCCCUUCGACCUGCUGGAGCCCCCCACCAUGGUGGGCUUCCUGAAGCUCUCCAAGCCUUGCUGCUACAUCUUCCCGGGAGGGAGAGGAGACUCGGCUUUCUUCGCCGUCAACGGCUUCAACGUGCUGGUGAACGGCGGCUCCAACCCCAAGUCGUCCUUCUGGAAGCUGGUGAGGCACCUGGACCGCAUCGACUCCAUCCUGGUGACGCACGCGGGCACCGACAGCCUGCCGGGCAUCAACAGCCUGCUGCAGAGGAAGCUGGCCGAGCAGGAGGAGGAGCAGAGCGCGCAGGGCCAAGACUGGGCCAAGAACCUCAUCUCGCCCGAGCUGGGCGUGGUGUUCCUCAACGCCUGCGAGAGGCUGAAGGAGCUGGAGGGCGACUCGCGGGUGCUCAAGAGCUGCGACGAGGCGGCGCUGGCGCUGCACUACCUGGACAGGCUGGGCAUCCGGCCCAACCCGCUGGCCCGCGCCGGCGGCGCCCGCGCCGAGCCCACCGUGCUGUUCCAGAAGAUGGGCGUGGGCAGGCUGGACAUGUACGUGUUGAACCCCGUGAAGGGCAGCGAGGAGCUGGAGUUCCUGCUGCAGCGCUGGGCCGGGGACGGGUUCCCCAAGGAGCGGGAGGCGCCGCUGCAGUGCCUGACGUCGGUGUGCGUGCUGCUGGUGUGGCACCCCGUCAGCCGCUCCGAGAAGAUCAUCCGCGCGCUGUUCCCCGGCUGCACGCCCCAGGCUCGCAUCCUGGAAGGGCUGGAGAAGGUGAAGCACCUGGAGUUCCUCAAGCAGCCCGUGGUCACCAAGGAUGACCUGAAGGGGACGGCGCCGGCGGAGAAGGCGCCCAAGCAGAGGAGGGCGGAGAGCAAGGAGAGCCUCAAGUCGGGCUCCAAGCUGAGCUUGGUGGAGGCAGCGGCGCCGGCGCCCAAGGAGAAGGCUGCCAAGGUGGAGAGGAAGGAGGUGAAAGCUGGGAACAAGGAGAAGCCAAAACCCCUGGGGGAUGCAGCCAGGACGGGGUCAGAAGAGGAGAAAGCCAAGGAUGGCCGAGCCAAGCCGGACUCGGCAGCCGAGAAGGCGAAGGGCGACGCGAAGCCGAAGGCGAACAAGGAGAGAGCGGCGCCCAAGAAGGAGCCGAUUGCCAGGAAGGAGGAGAAGAAGCCACCAAAGAAGGAGGAGGGGGCCGAGGCCAAGAAGGAGGUGAAGGUGGUGAAGAAGGAGGCGAAGGCCGAGACGCUGCGCAAGGACCCCAAGGCAGAGGCCAAAGCUCCGGCCAGGGCUCCAGCCAGGAAAACGCCGAUCCCGGAGAGCCGCAAACCCCCGGCCAAGACCGGCAGCAUCAAGAAAUCCACGCUCAAGAAAGAGCCAGAGAAGCCCAAGGCUAAAAGCAGCCAGAAGGAGCCGGGCGCCUCGGACGGCUCCAAGUCCUCCUCCCCCGAGGAGAUGCUGCCGGAGGCCGAGAGGAGGAGGAAGGAGGAAUCCACGGACGAAGGCAUCGCCACGGCCGACAGCGAGCUGGAGCCGUCGUCGCUGGAGAACGGGGGGAGCCGGCGCCCGGGGGACCCGUCCCGCCUGGAGAACGGGCUGGAGGAGGAGGAGGAGGCCGGGAGCAGCCCCCCGCGCGCCGCGUGCCCCCCGUCCCCCGCGGCCAGGACCCCCAGGAGCGACCGCAGCAUCAACCUGGACCUGACGCCCACCGGGCUGCUCAACCACGGCGCCGAGGAUCCCUGCGGCAGCUCGGAGGAGAAGACGCUGGAGAUGAUGUCCCCGGCCAGCUCGGGGCCGGCCAGCGCCGGCCACACGCCCUUCCACCAGUCGCCGGCGGAGGGUGGCGGGGAGGAGGCGGGCGCCGGCCGGCAGCAGGGAGCGUGGCCGGCGGCCGGAGCGGGCAGGGACAAGCAGGCGGGGUGCCUGUCGCUCAGCCCCUUCAAGGACGACGUCCCCGACGUGUCGCCCACCAUCACCACGCCCUCGCUGCCGGCCGAGGUGGGUUCCCCGCACUCCACCGAGGUGGACGAGUCGCUCUCGGUGUCCUUCGAGCAGGUGCUGCCGCCGGUCAGCGAGUCCCCCCCCGAGGACGGGCGCUGCGGGGAGGCUCCCGAGCCCGAGGCCGCCAAGGCGGGGCUGUCGCUGCCGCUGCGGCCGUGCCACCACCCGCCCUGGGCCGACGGCAAGGCCGGCCGCCGCUCGGACUCGCCGCACGACGUGGAUCUGUGCCUGGUGUCCCCCUGCGAGUUCGAGCACCCCAAGUCCGAGCGGUCGCCCUCGGCCGCCGCCAGCCCGCGGGAGCCGUCGGACAGCGACCCCUCCCAGGAGCUGGCGCCGCCCCGGGGCCGGCCGGGCGAGACCCCCCCCACGUCGGUCAGCGAGUCGCUGCCCACCCUGUCCGACUCCGACCUCCCUGCGGCCGCCGAGGACUGCCCGUCCGUCCUGGCCGACGGGCUGGAGUCGGACGAGGACUCGGAGCGGCCGCCCCGCGGCGCGGCCAGAGCGUGCGACCCUCUGCCGGCCCCCCUGAAGGACCCGUGUCCCCUCCCUGCCCAGCCCGGCAUCUGCAUGGUGGACCCCGAGUCGCUGCCCCCCGGCCGCAAGGAGCCCCCCGGCAGCAGGGCGAAGAGGGCCCCGUCCCGCCUGGGCUCCGCCCCCAAAGCCGAGCCCGCCCGUGUCCCCGCCUCGGCCACCAAGCCCAAACCUCCCGGCGACAAGGCCAGGCCACCCCUCGGGGACAAGAAGGGCGCGCCCGGCUCGGCCCGAGCGCGGCCGGCGGCCGGAGCGGGGCGGGCGUCGCCAGCAGGCACAAGGGCUGCAGCCCCCCAGGGACCCCCCGUCUACGUGGACCUGGCCUACCUGCCCGGCUCCUGGAGCGCCCGCACGGUGGACGAGGAGUUUUUCCGGCGCGUGCGCUCGCUGUGCUACGUGGUGAGCGGCGAUGACCACCUGAAGGACGGCGUGCUGCGGCCCCUGCUCGAUGCCCUCCUGGCAGGGAAGCACCAGUGGGGCCUGGACAUCCAGGUGACGCUGAUCCCCACCUUCGACUCGCUGGUGAUGCACGAGUGGUACCAGGAGACGCACGAGCGGCAGCAGGAGCUGGGAAUCACCGUGCUGGGCAGCAACAGCACCGUGGCCAUGCAGGACGAGACCUUCCCCGCCUGCAAGGUGGAGUUCUGAGCCCCCCCCGGGGGUCCCUCCCCCUCUCUGAGCCCCCCAACCCCCAGGAGGGACAGAGGGACAGCGAGGUGGGGACGCUCUGUCCCCUCUGUGCCACCCCCUGCCACGCCAGUCACGCUCUGGGGAGGGGGGGCAAGGGACCAGCUGGGGUUUUUUGGGGGUUUUUGGGGGUUUGGGGGGGCCCCCCACCUCAGCCAGCAGCAGGGGGUGGAGCCCACGGGCAGCUGGAUGGAACAGGGUAAAUUUUUUGGUGGUUUUUUUUUUUUUUUUUUUUGGGUUUUAUUUCCUCUUCCUCUCUUUGGAUGAGCCACGAUUCCCACCCCCCACCCGCCGCCUCUCCCCAAAAAUUUCAGCCUUGGGGGGUGAGGCUGGGUCUUGUUUUGGGGGGGGGGUCCCAAAAAAUUGAGAAUUGAGGUGGGGGCUGCUGCUGUGGGGUUGUCCUUGAUGUUUUAGCCACACCCCAAAAUGGUUUAGACCCCCCCCCCAAAAAAAAAAAAAAAUGUUGUGACCCCCUCCCCUCCCCAAAAAUUGAUUGUAACCCCCGUCCCUCCUUCAGGUGCAGCAUCUUCCUCCCCCAGGCUGCACUGAUGACCCUUCCCCUAAAAAAUUUUGAGCACAGACACCCCCCCAGCCCCCCAUUUUUUUUUGGGGAGGGGGGGGGGAGUGUAAAGCAACCCCCCCAAAACCCACCCCCAGCCCAUGGAGCUGCCGGAAUCUGUUGAAAACCAAACCUCACGUGCAAUUUUUAAGGGGUUUCGUGAGUGGAGAGCACCAAAGGGGGGGUCAGGGUGGGGUUGAGGGGAGGGGGGACACACAGAAUGUGACACCCCCCACCCCCAAAUUCCCUCCCCCCCCCCCCCAGGGACAAACACUAACCCGUUUUUGUAGGAGGCUCCUCGAUGGCUCUUUUUGUAACGACUUUUUAAGAUAAAACAAAAAAAAAAAAAAAAAAAUUGUGAAAACUGAAGAUAUGAAGAAACCAAACCUUUUUUUUUUUUUUUUUUUUUGUUGUUGUUGUUGUAUUUUUUUCGAGGGGGGGUUUAUUUAUCUUUGCUCCCCCCUCUAAGGUUUUUACCUUUGAUUGUAUCGUCCUAAGUGUUCGGGGAGGGGGCACUGAAUGUUUCACCUUUAGUGCUUUAUAUAUAUAUAUUUUUUUUUUUUCUCAGCUGGAAGGUUUGGAGGUCGGUGGGGGGAGUUUUUUGGGGUGGGUGGGGUGGUUGUGACCCCCUCCCUUUUCCCCCCCUCACCCCAAAAUCCAGCCCCUGCCCGUGGCCACUGGUGCACACUCCCCUUCUUGCACGCCACGUUCCCGUUUGGCAAAUGUGUGGAAAAUGAGCAUUAAAGAGGAUCAUUCCCAGUGGA